UCUUGAAAAAACUAUAUCAAUCUGUUGUUUGAAAUGGAUGCAAUUAGUUCCACUGUUCAAAUAGAAGAAAUCCAGCUAUGUAAUUUUUAAUAAUUUGAGGAUUUUGAUUUGAAUUUCAAUCUUGUCUCGCAGUCAAAAACCUUUAUCUCAAACACUAUCAAGAAAAAAAAUGAAAGGGAGGAUACAAAAGAAGGGAGACAACAAUGCAGAAUUGGAAGAUGAUCUCCUUGGCUGGCUUGUGGACAACAGCUCUUAUUCAUGGGAGCAGAUCAUUGAUUUAUUGCCGAACCUGAUUGGCUCAGCCUACCUCACCACAUCAAGGGUCAUAGCUAUAGUGAUCUAUUUCCUCAGCAGAUGUCCCAGGGCACUCAAGCAAUUAUGGGUUAUAGGUUAUCAAUGAAACACUACGACUUGACAGUGGUUCGAUUCUUCCAAAGAAAGCAAGUACAGAUAUACAAUACAAAGGAUGCAUCUGGUAAAGCAAAACCCAAGCACUUCAUGCCAUUUGGAGGGGGGAUAAGGCAGUGCCCUGGAGCAGAGCUUGCAAAAUUGGAGAUAAUUGUCUUCACACACCACCUGAUCCUGAAUUACAAUUGGAAGUUAGUUUCGUCUGAAUGUCUUCUUACUGUACCACAUGUCGACUUCUUCAAAGGACUGCCACUGAAGGUCCAAGAAUUGUCGCUUGAAUAACAAAUGGCACUAGAAAGAAUCAUGAAUGCCAGCUUCCGAACUAUAUUUGACAUCAGUUUGAAGAAAGACGUUUUGGCUCUGAAUUGGACU